AUGAAACUCAACUCUUCAUCUUCAUCUUCAUCAUCUAGAACUGCAGCAAAGGCAACUAGUGCUGGUGCCGCCGCAGCCGCCGACGAUGUAGUGUUGGAAUUGGAGCUGGGAGAGAUCAAGGACAAGUACAUGAAGUGGAACUGGAAGGGGCAGUACGCCAUCAACUACGUCGUUUCACAUCCAGAGAACGCAAAUCCGAAUCCAAAUACUCCUCCUCUUCUUCUUGUUCAUGGCUUCGGCGCCUCCAUUCCUCACUGGCGCAGAAAUAUUAAGACAUUGGCCAAGAAUUAUACCGUUUAUGCUAUUGACCUGAUCGGGUUUGGUGCCUCAGAUAAGCCGAUAGGCUUUUCAUACACCAUGGAGAAAUGGGCUGAGUUAAUCUUGGAUUUCUUGGAUGAAGUUGUUCAGAAGCCUACUGUUUUGAUAGGCAACUCUGUGGGAAGCCUUGCAUGUGUAAUUUCUGCCUCAGAAUCUAAGCAAGGACUGGUGCGAGGCCUAGUGCUUUUAAAUUGCUCUGGUGGGAUGAAUAACAAGGCCAUUGUUGAUGAUUGGAGGAUCAAGCUGAUCUUCCCUUUGCUCUUGCUAAUCGACUUCUUGUUGCAGCAACGACCUAUUGCUUCCUUCAUCUUUGAACGUGUUAGACAGAGAGAAAGUUUAAGAAAUAUCUUAUCGUCGGUAUAUGCUAACAAAGAAUCCGUGGAUGACGAAUUAGUUGAGAUCAUCAUGGAACCAACAAAUGACCCGGGUGCAUUGGAUGCCUUUGUCUCGAUCGUCACAGGUCCACCGGGACCGAACCCGGUCCAGUUGAUACCAGGCAUCUCCCUACCCAUUCUAGUCUUAUGGGGCGAUGAAGACCCGUUCACUCCUCUUGAUGGGCCUGUUGGGAAAUACUUCUCUUCCUUACCUUCUCAGCAAUCCAAUGUGAGCCUCUCCGUUUUGCAAGGAGUUGGGCAUUGCCCCCACGAUGACAGGCCCAAGUUGGUACACGACAGACUUCUUCCCUGGUUGGCGAAUCUUUCUACCUAAUCUCAUAAUAAUCCAGUUGUAUGAUUGAGACUUUGCUCUAUCACCAAACAUAUAUAUAGAAGGAGAAACAUCUUCCUCAU